AGGUCGCGCUUCCGCCGCCGCGCCCCGCCCCGGAAGUCCCGCUCCCGCGCUGCAACCUGCGCAGCGGACGGGCGCUGCGGCGACCCCGGGACCGGCCGGGGCCCGGCGAGCGGGCGUUCCCGUGAGCGUCUGCUCGAGACGGCCGCCGUGGGCGGCGUGCAGCUCGGCGUCCGGUGCUCGGGCGUGCCCCGGAGCCGCCCCAGGUCCUGCCAUGUCCAGCCCUCUGCAACCAGAGCAGGGAGACCUGCCGACGGGCAGGAAGGAUGAGGAGCCCGUGGAGGGCACACAGCACUCCCAGCGCAUGCUCAGCUUCAGUGACGCACUGCUGUCCAUCAUCGCCACUGUGAUGAUCCUGCCUGUGACCCACACGGAGAUCUCCCCAGAACAGGAGUUCGACAAGGGGAUCCAGAAACUUCUAGCAACCAGGAUAGCUGUGUACCUGAUGACUUUUCUCAUUGUCACCGUGGCCUGGGCUGCGCACACAAGAUUGUUCCAGCUGGUUGGGAAAAUCGAUGACACACUCGCCCUGCUCAACUUGGCCUGCAUGAUGACCAUCACCUUCCUUCCCUUCACGUUCUCCCUGAUGGUGACCUUUCCCGACGUGCCCCUGGGCAUCUUCCUGUUCUGUGUGUGUGUGAUCGCCAUCGGCACCGUGCAGGCGCUGAUUGUGGUGUACGCAUUCUACUUCCCGCACCUCCUGGACCCUCGGAUCGGGCGCUCUGCCCACAGGGGCCUGUACCAGCGGCACAUCCUGGGCAUCGUGCUCCGUGGGCCCGUGCUGUGCCUCGCUGCCGCCUGCUUCUCCCUCUUUUUCUACCCCCUGUCCUACCUGCUGAUGGCCACUGUCAUCUUCCUCCCCUACGUCAGCAAAGCCGCCAGCUGGUGCAAGAGCAGAGUCACGGGCCCCAGGGAGCCCCCAGCCCCCAGCAUGGAGCUCUUCACCUUUGACCUGCACGAGCCACUCAGCAAGGAGCGUGUGGAAGCCUUCAGUGACGGGGUCUACGCCAUCGUAGCCACGCUGCUCAUUCUGGACAUCUGUGAGGACAACAUCCCAGACCCCAGGGACGUGAAGGACAAGUUCCACGGCAGCCUGGUGGCGGCACUGAGUGAGUUCGGCCCCCGCUUCCUGGCCUACUUUGGCUCCUUCGCCACGGUGGGCCUGCUCUGGUCUGCCCACCACUCGCUGUUCCUGCAUGUCCGCAGAGCGACGCAGGCCAUGGGGCUGCUCAACACGCUGGCGCUGGCCUUCGUGGGCGGCCUGCCGCUGGCCUACCAGCAGACCUCAGCCUUCGCCCGGCGGCCGCACGACGAGCUGGAGCGCGUGCGCGUCAGCUGCGUCAUCAUCUUCUUCGCGAGCAUCUUCCAGUUUGCCACCUGGACUGCAGCCCUGCUGCACCAGGGCGAGACACUGCAGCCGGCCGCCCGCUUCGGGGGUCAGGAGCAUGCCUUCAUGUUUGCCAAGCUGGCGCUGUACCCGUGUGCCAGCCUGCUGGCCUUCGUGUCCACCUGCUUCCUGAGCCGCUUCAGCACAGCCAUCUUCCACCUCAUGCAGCUGGCCGUGCCCUUCGCCUUCCUGCUGCUGCGCCUGCUCGUGCGCCUGGGCCUGGCUGUGCUGCGGGCCCUGCUCCGAGCUGGACCCCGGCGUGAGGAGGACGUCCGCUCCCCCCUCCUCCCCGACCUCCACGCGUGAGGUGGCCUCCUGCUGUCAGAGGGGACUGUCUGGGCCUCAGGAAGCAGCUUGUCAGGCGCCCCAGGCUGAGAGGAGCCGCCUGGAAGCUGCGUCCGGCUGCCCCCGGGCCCCAGGCAAAGACGAGGCACAGGGACAGCGAGACCAGGCUGUAUUUGUCUGGACGUGACUUGGGGCACAGUGGGGAGUGGUCAGUUACAGGCACAAAUACAGACAAGGCCACCACGACACUAGUCACAGCCAACCUGCAUUGGACAUGGGCCUGUGCAGCAAUUACAGCACUGAGACGGAAACUGUGUGUGUGUGUGUGCGUGUGUGUAGGGUGUGGACAGAACUGGUGGCGGGGGGUAGGGGGCAGCUGGUGGCAGGCCUGGCAUCAGCUGCAGGCGGGUGGGACGACAAAGUGCUGGUGCCUCUUGGGUGAUGAAAGGGUCUCCUCCACCACCCCAGGCUGGGCCAGGCCUAGUGGGCCUCUGUCCCUCCUACUGCUGGGCUGCACAGUGAAAGGCAGCUCCUGAGGGGCGUCUGGGGCUGUGGGCGCUGCUGGCCAGACUGGCCUGUAUCUGUCAGGUAGCAGCCUCCAGCCUGUGACAGUGAUCGGCGCCAGGCCCAGGGGACUCCACGAGGGGU